GAAAAAGAAAAGACGGUUGCCGCGUAUCUAUCUUCCUCCUAUGCUGUGUUCGUCCCUGAUUCGAGCUGAAGCCUUCUCUCUGUAAUCUCCAUCCUUCUUGUUAGGGUUGAAUCGCUGCGUCUUCCUUCGCUUCUCGAUUCCUCUUUGGGUUUAAUCGAGCGUGGCGGAUGUGUGGAAGAAAAUGAACUACGGAUCCCCUAAACUUCCUUCAAGGGUGGCGAUUUUUCCGAUAAAGUUAUCGAUGCUAACGAUUUCCAUUGGCGGAGUGGUGGAUUGCUUUUGUGCCUCUGUUUCAAGCGUCUCCAGCAUAUAAGGAUCAAAUUUAAAGAGGAUAGAGUGAAGAGAUGGUCCCCAGAUUGCUAAGUCAGCGGCUAGCUCCAUACUUGGCAGCACGUAUCCGAGAGAACCAGAGGCUUCUUAGCUCCUCUGUUUCAGCUCUUCAAGAAGCCUCUUCUUUGUUGACAUCUCCAGCUCAAUCUCCAUCUCCACACACCGAUACCAUUCACAUGACAGAUAAUUGCAUCCGGAGAAUGAAAGAAUUGCAAGAACCCAUGGAAGAAAAGAUGCUUCGCUUGAGUGUAGAAACUGGGGGGUGUUCUGGAUUUCAAUAUGUUUUCAAUUUGGAUGACCAAACCAAUCCAGAUGACAGGGUGUGUGAGAAGGAGGGAGUUAAAUUGGUAGUUGAUAAUAUCUCAUAUGAUUUUGUGAAAGGAGCAACAGUUGAUUAUGUUGAAGAGCUGAUUCGUUGCGCUUUCGUUGUGACCACAAAUCCAAGUGCUGUUGGGGGCUGUAGUUGUAAGAGUUCUUUCAUGGUGAAACAAUGAUCACCUCAAAGCUCCCUUCAUGUGCAAUCUUCCAGGAACAUAUUCACCAGAAAGUUCCCUUCAUUUGCACCAUUUCAGGAAAUCAUAGGAGCAAUAAUCAAAACGCUGACCUAAAGAUAAGAUGAGUACGUUUCGAUGAUAAGAUUCUAUCUUUGCCUAUUUCAUGUAUCAUUUUGUAUUCAUAUGCCACUUCUAAAUUAUUUGAGAACUGCAUUCUUCAUUGCAUUGAAUCAUGAUAUUGUUUAUUGUAACCCGA